GCUCCAGCUCCCACUGCACACAGGGAUAGGUCUGUGUGUGUAGAUUGUGAAUUCAGUGCAUAUGCAAGAGAAACAGAGGCUGACAGCACCAUGACAUCUGUGCUGGACAGUAUGGGGCCCUCCUGGGCCUGGCUGCAUGUGGACAGCUAUUGGAUUUUUUACCUGGCUGCUGUGUUUUGCCUGACUUAUGUACUUCUGAAGGUGAUCCAGCUGUGUCGGAGGAGACAGCAACUGCUCAAAGCCCUAGAUUGUUUCCCAGGCCCGCCAAGGCACUGGCUGUAUGGCCAUGCCCAUGAGCUUCAAGAUCAAGAACUCAACAAGAUCAUAUCUUGGGCAGAGAAAUACCCAUGUGCUCACUCUGUAUGGUUUGGAGGUUUCUUAGGAUUCCUGAAUAUCUACCACCCCGAAUACGCCAAGGCCGUAUAUAGCAGAGGAGAUCCAAAGGCUGAUGACUUCUAUCAUUUCUUUGUGCCUUGGACUGGGAAAGGAUUAAUCGUUUUACAUGGACCAAAGUGGUUCCAACACCGUAGACUGCUGACUCCUGCAUUUCAUAAUGAUAUUUUGAAAUCUUAUGUGUCGCUGAUGGCGGAUUCUACCAAAGUGAUGUUGGAUAAAUGGGAAAAGCGGAUAACAAAGGACAAGUCGUUGGAUAUCUUUGAGGACGUUGGCUUGAUGGCUUUAGAUAGCAUGCUGAAAUGCACCUUCAGUUAUCAAAGCAACUGCCAGAACAGCGAGAAUACAUUUCUCAAAGCUAUACGUCAGCUUACAGCCAUGGUACAAGAGAGAACGAGGACAUUUCUAUACCACAAUGACCUCAUCUACUGGUUCAGUCCUCCUGGGUGUCGCUUCCGGAAUGCCUGCAGAAUAGUCCAUCGCCAUACAGAGAAGGUGAUCAAGGAGAGGAAGGAGUGGCUCAAGGAUGAGCGAGAGCUUGAAAAGAUCCAGAAGAAGAGGCGCUUGGACUUUCUGGAUAUUCUUUUAUGUGCCAAGGAUGAAAAUGGAGACGGAUUACCUGAUGAAGACCUACGUGCCGAGGCAGACACUUUCAUGUUUGGGGGUCAUGACACCACAGCAACUGGGAUCUCCUGGCUCUUGUACUGCCUGGCCCUGCACCCAGAGCACCAGCAGAGAUGCAGGGAGGAGAUCAAGGAGAUUCUGGGAGACAGAGAGACCAUUCAAUGGAAUGACCUUAGUAACAUGCUCUACACCACCAUGUGCAUUAAAGAGAGCCUCCGCCUUUACCCUCCGGUACCUCAAGUGUAUCGACAACUCAACCAACCAGUCACAUUUUUCGAUGGGAGGACUUUGCCAGAAGGUAGCUUAGUGUCUCUGCACAUUUACGCGCUUCACAGAAACCCCACGGUAUGGAAAGAUCCAGAGGUGUUUGACCCCCUGAGAUUUUCACAAGACAACUUGUCUGAUCAGCAUUCCUUCGCCUUUAUGCCCUUUGCUGCUGGACCACGGUGA